CUUGCGACAGCUGGUGACGUUGCGGCUGAGGAGGAGUUCCUGGUAAUCCAAACAUCGACGAAGCAACAUCUAUAGUCGUUUAUCAAUAACAUAUUCCUCAUAACCGAGUUGAUCGAUCAACAUCAUGGCUGCUCAGAAGAUAAACGAAGCGCACGAGCACAUAGCUAAAGCGGAGAAAUGCUUAAAAACGAGUCUGACAAAGUGGAAGCCUGACUUUGACAGUGCUGCAUCAGAAUACGCCAAAGCAGCUGUGUGCUUCAAGAAUGCCAAGCAGUAUGAACAAGCAAAGGAUGCUUAUCUGAAGGAAGCUGAGUACCACACAGAAAACAAAACGCUUUUUCAUGCUGCAAAGGCUAUUGAACAGGCUGGUAUGAUGAUGAAGGAACAAAAGAAAAUGCCAGAGGCCAUCCAGUACAUAGAGAAAGCCUGCAUGAUGUACAUGGAGAACGGGACACCGGACACUGCUGCCAUGGCUCUGGACCGGGCUGGAAAACUGAUAGAGCCUAUAAACCUGGAGAAAGCUGUGGACUUGUAUCAGAAGGCAGCAGGUGUAUUUGAGAAUGAGGAUCGCCUACGUCAGGCAGUAGAACUGCUGGGAAAAGCCUCCAGACUUCUGGUCAGGUUAAAAAGGCUGGACGAAGCAGCAGUCGCCCUGCAGAAAGAGAAGAACAUGUACAAAGAGAUCGAGAACUUCCCGAUGUGUUUCAAGAAAACAACUGCUCAAGUACUGGUUCAUCUUCACAGAGGCGACUAUGUAGCAGCUGAUAAAUGUGUCAGAGAAAGUUACAGUCUGCCUGGCUAUAGUGGAAGCGAAGAUUGUGUUGCCAUGGAGACGUUACUUCAGGGCUAUGAUGAGCAGGAUGAGGACCAGGUCUAUCGUGUGUGUAACUCACCUCUGCUGAAGUACAUGGACAAUGACUAUGCCAAACUGGCCAUUUCCUUGAGGGUACCUGGAGGAGGAGGAAAGAAGAAGAAGGCUGCUGCUGCUCCACAGGGUGGUGCUAGUGGGGCACCAGCUCCAGAGGAAGAGGAGGAUGACUAUGAAGGCGGGCUGUGUUAGCCUUCAGCCUCCAGAGCACCGACUCUACCCAUCUGCUGCCACCAGUACACCCUCUCUGUAUGACUUAAACAACCUCUGAGCUCUGAAAUCCUGACGGGUGGCUUUCUGAUCUUAAAUGUGCAAAAAAAGUAUAAGAAAAAAUACAUUUUAAAACCCCAAACCGUUCAGUAGGUGUUGGCGUCAACCUGAGUUUGAACAGCCUUUUAUUUUGUGUAAUCUCUCGAGGUGGAUCCUCAGCCUGCUGUAUGUACAUGUUCUAUUAUUUCUCGUCUCUUGUGAAGCUGUAAAUUUUGCUGUUAUUGUUUGUGGGUAGAGUGUAAAAUUACUAUAGGUAUAUUCAAAUCAGACAAAGACUUGAUCAGUGUAUAGGUGUUUAUUUGUACAGAGUUAAUUUAUUCAGUAUUCAUGACUACAGCCUGAAAAUGUUACUGGAGCAAUAUGCAAUCAGAUUGUUAUAAUGCAUGUUUGCAAUAACGGAAUGAUUAAAUCAAAUCAAAUCUAUGAUAAAUCUGUCGAUAUUAAAGCUUAAGAAUGGGUCACACUGUCAUCUUCAGCAUCAGCUCUCUCUAUUUUUUGUGAGUAUUUUAAAAAUAAGACAUAAUGCAGCUUGUAGCCAGCUGUAGACUGUUUUCCUGUCUACCUCCAGCUCUGUGUUACCUUAUAAUAAAAUAGUCAUGGCUGUGUCUUUAUUUCUUAAUUUCCUCUAAAAUUAAAGAUAGUAUACUAAUAAAAAGGGGACCAUUCAUUGAAGAUUUCAGGGCUGUAAAUGUGAAAAGCCCACUAUAAGUACAAUAUCACCUAAAUGCCAAUAAUAUAAAACAAUAUCACUACUAAAGGGAUUGUUUACAUUUUUUAAUUUGUGCUGUUGCUGACUUAUUGUAUAUUCCUCAAAGUCAUAUCUUCAAACUUUGCACAUGCAUCAAUAAACAUUUCCGUUAUGUGGCA